AUGGGUAACGGUGAAUCGACAGCGGGUGGCGCUCCAGCAGAGCAAGGCAUCGCCGAGCCAGGCGUUCCAGAUUAUUAUGCUCUUCUCGACGUCGACGAGUCUGCUACGGCGGACGAGAUAAAGAGGUCCUUCCGGAAAUUAGCCCUUUUGCACCAUCCAGACAAGAACCAAGAAGACAUAGAAGGCGCGACGAAGCGCUUUGCGGCGAUACAACAGGCUUACGAGGUUCUGAGUGACGAGCAAGAGCGGGCUUGGUAUGACAGCCAUAGGGCCUCCCUCCUUCCCGAACCUGACGCGCAGACCGUAUUCGAGGAUAUCAAGACAGGCGCACCGCCACCUCGUGCCCGCGAUCGUGGAUUAACAGUGAGGCAUUUGGCGCAAUUUUUCAACACCACAAUUUACGAAGGAUUCGACGAUGGAAAAGAUAGUUUCUACACACUGUACCGCAACCUCUUCGAUCGCCUCGCCCAUGACGAGUGCCAGUGGAUCGACGUCCCAUUUCCCUCAUUUGGCUACUCUACUUGGCCUUGGGUCCCAGUUUCCAAGGGUCAGCAGGAUAAAGCAGCCCGUACCUUCUACAACUAUUGGAUGAAUUUCGUCACGAACAAGGACUUCACCUGGAUGGAGGCGUGGAACGUAUCCGAAGCUCCAGACCGUCGUGUUCGCAGGCUCAUGGAACGUGACAAUAAGAAGGCUCGCGACGAUGCUCGCAAGGAGUACAAUGACACUGUAAGGUCCUUGGUGAUGUUCAUCCGCAAACGUGAUCCCCGGUACAAGGCGCACCUGGCUCGUCAAUCCCAAACCUCUACUCCAGGCACACGUACUCCCGUCUCGCGCCCCGCGACACAGCAGGUGCCCCCAGAGCAGCAGUUUGUGGAGCAGGAGUGGCAGAAGGCUGCGCGCGAAGACGAUGCGGCCGACCUCGAGUGGGCUGCCGCAGAGGGCACCGAGGACCCGGAGGAGUGGGAGUGCGUGGCGUGCGGGAAGAGCUUCCGCAGUGAGGCCGCGUGGGACAGCCACGAGCGAAGCAAGAAACAUCUGAAGGCUGUCGAGAUGCUGCGGAAACAGAUGCAGGAAGACGACGAGGAGCUGGGGUUGCAUGUGGAAGGAGAGGAGGAUCUGGAAGCGGACGAAGCUGAGAAUGGUGAUAAUGACCUCGGAGACACUUUGUUGGACGAGGUCGCAGCUGAGGAACCGCCAAGAUCACCUACUCCUACAGUGACGCACGAGGCAGACGACGUGAAUGACGACGACGCUGAGGAAAAGGUGGCCUGUCCGUCAAAAUCACCGCGGAAGGGCAAGAAGACAUCCUCUCCAGAUGUUCCUCUGAAGACGGAAGGGAGGACCAAGAGUCGCUCUCAAGGCCAGGCCAGUAAUGCACCAGAAGGUCUUCCCGUCGAGUCUGGACAGAGACUCAAGCCUUCGCAGGACGAUGAGGCUGCUGAUUCCAGUGAAGGCCAAACUAAUCCACAGCCAGAACCAUCGAAGCGAGAGAAGAGGCGUGCGAAGGAGGCAGAGAAGAAAGCGCGAGGCGACAACAUUACGGCGAAGUUGCGGUGUAACAUUUGUAACUCGCAGUUCGACAGCCGCACAAAAUUAUUUGCACAUAUUAAAGCGACAGAUCAUGCGAGUGCAGUACAAGACGUCGACAUGCGCGGAAAGAAGGGCAAGAGCGGAAAGAGAUGA